CCGUGCGAGCGUUUGCCGAGCGUCUGCCGUCAGUCACGGAAGCGCUGAUGGCGCAAAAGAAAUACCUCCAGGCGAAACUGACCCAGUUUUUAAGGGAAGACAGAAUUCAACUUUGGAAACCUCCCUAUACAGAUGAAAACAAAGACGUUGGUUUGGCAUUAAAGGACCUGGCCAGGAAGUACUCGGACCGGCUGGACUGCUGCGAGAGCGAGGCCGGCAGGGCGAUCGAGGAGAUCCGCCGCAGGGCCAUCGCGCGCGGCGCCGGCAACGAGCACUUCAGAGCCACGGGGAUUGCUACCAUCGAGGUGUUUUUGCCUCUGCGACUAAGAAAGGACAGGAAAAGCUUGUUGGAGACCCGACUGCACAUCACUGGCAGAGAACUGAGGGCCAAAAUAGCUGAAACCUUUGGAUUUCAAGAAAAUUAUAUCAAAAUUGUCAUAAAUAGGAAACAACUGCAACUAGGGGAGACCCUGGAAGAACAAGGAGUGACCCACAACGUAAAGGCCAUGGUGCUGGAGCUCAAGCAGUCUGAAGAGGACGUGAGGAAAAACUUCCAGAUUGAGGAAGAGUUGCACAAUGAAGCGGAACUUACAGAAAGAAGAAUUCAGAGGACCAAGAGAGGCCUGGAGAUCCUGGCGGAGAGAGAUGAGAUGGCGGUGGACCCAGACGCCACACCGUACCUGGACAUUGCUAACCAGACCGGACGGUCGAUCAAAAUCCCUCCCUCGGAGAGAAAAGCCCUCAUGUUGGCCAUGGGCUAUCACGAGAAGGGCAGAGCUUCCCUGAAGAGACGAGAGUAUGGGAUCGCCCUGCCGUGUCUGUUGGACGCAGACAGAUACUUCUGCGAGUGCUGCCGGGAGCUGCUGGACACGGUGGACAACUACGCGGUGCUACAGCUGGACAUCGUGUGGUGCUACUUCCGCCUGGGGCAGCUGGACUGCCUGGAUGACGCGGAGAAAAAGCUCAGCCUGGCCCAGAGAUGCUUUAAGAAUUGUUACGGAGAAAACCAUCAGCGACUGGUCCACAUAAAAGGAAAUUGCGGGAAGGAGAAGGUGUUGUUCUUAAGACUGUACUUGCUUCAGGGCAUCCGAAACUACCACAGUGGGAAUGGUGAGGCGGCUUGUGAGUAUCUCAACAAGGCACAGCAGCUCUUCAGAGAGCUGUACAUCGAUCCGUCGAAAGUUCACAGCUUGCUGCAGCUGGGGUUCACCCCCCAGGAAGCCCGGCUGGGCCUCAGGGCGUGUGAGGGGAACGUGGACCACGCGGCGGCCCACAUCACCAGCCGCAGAGAGGAACUGGCCAAGAUACGGAAAGAGGAGAAGGAGAAGAAAAGACGCCGCCUGGAGAACAUCAGCUCUCUGAAGAAGAUGGGCUAUUCCGGCCGCGCGGCCCGGCAGGCCCUCCAGCUGGCCAGCGGGAACCUGGAGGAGGCCAAGAAGAUCCUCCUCCAUAACCCCCAGAUGUGGUGGCUGAACGACUCAAGUCCCGAGAGCAGCCACCACCAAGACGGCGCUUCCCAGGAGGACAUCGACAGACUGGUGUACAUGGGCUUCGAUGUGGGCGCGGCCACAGCUGCCCUGACGGUCUUCCGGGGUAACGUCCAGCUGGCGUCUCAGACCCUGGCGCUCAACGGAGGGAGCCUGCCCCCCGACCUCCAGCUCUCGCCGCAGGAUUCCUCAUCGACGCCCUCCACGUCCCCGUCAGACUCUGCAGGCACCUCCAGCGCCUCCACAGACGAAGACAUAGAGACGGAGGCCGUCAACGAAAUCCUGGAAGACAUUCCGGAGCACGAGGAGGAUUACCUUGACUCCACCCUGGAAGAGGAAGAGCUCAUCAUUGCCGAGUACUUAUCCUACGUGGAGAACAUAGGGGCCGCGGCGAGGAAAGCUGAGUGAUGACGGGGAAGGUUCUGCGUUUCCUUAUAAAUUCUGUCCUCACGAAGGUCUCCUGCAGGUUUUCUUUUCCCUUUUCACCUGACUGCUCUAGAGCCUUCCACCAGGCAUUGGCGGGCGCAGGAGGUGGGGCCUGGGCGCGCUCUGGGCUGCCCUUAGGCUCUGAGGCCCUCUGCUCCCCUCCCCCACCGGAGGUCGCUCUGCCGGCUGCUUCGCCCUCUCAGCUGUCCCUAAAAUGCCCUUUAAAGCCUCAGCCGUGGGGGGCUGGGCCUGAGGAGUCCGUGGGGUGCAGGAGUCACUGGACCGGGUCUCAGGCCUGCCGCCUGAAGUCUGUUACGCCUAGUUUAGUCAACCGCGCACUGCAGAUUCAAGGUGAAAUUCAGAUUUAUCUGCGUUUAAAAUUCUCCUUUACACAAUAAAAUCUUUCACUAAA